AUGGAGACACCUAUAGAGAUACACGAAAAUCAUAGGAUGUGGCUAUAUUUUAAGGAUUGUGAGGGAGCAAUUGAUGGUACACAUCUUCCUAUGAAAGUUUCAGCCGAAUAUGUUGCACGAUUUCGUGGUUGUGCUAUUAGUCUUGAGCAUGAGAUUACAUGUCCUCCAGGAAUAGAGCAAGAUGAGUCUCAAUCCCUCGCAGGAGAUGGGAAGAAAAAAGGAAAAAAUGCAAAUCCAAAUGCAAAAGGAUUGUGUGGUAAGAAGAUUGAUAUGAUUGAUGAAUUAGCAAUUGUGUUUAGCAAUGAUCAAGCAACUGGAGAAUGGGCAUGUUUAGGUAAAGAUAUAAAUGCAAACUCGUCAAGACAAAUGAAUGAUAGUGACGAUGAGUACACACCGAUAUUUGAUCUUAAUGAGAAUACGAUAGUCGAUGACUUGGGUGGUAUAGAAGGUAAUGGAUUUGCACAUCAAGAAGAAAAUGCCAAUACAUGCUCAAUGCAAUCACAACCAUGGAUCUUUAAAGCCUAUGAGAUGUCAUUCAAAAAAGCCGAAAAAUGCAAAGAUAGUUGUCGAAACAAUAAAUGUUGUUGCAAAUAA